AGUUGCGUAAUUAAGUAAACAAGGCUUGUGACUUGAGAGACUCGAAACGAAUUUCUAAUUAAAUAAUGUUUCUCGUUAUUGCUGUAACCUUGUGAAAUGGUUUUUACUUUGUGUGAUUAACAUUGUUUUACAUGUAGUGCUAUAUUUCCUAAUUUUAUUCGGAAACGACUGAUAAAUUGUUUACUUUCUUAGCAGAAGAAAAAUGCCUAUUUUAUAUUCUGUUGUGGCCCAUGGGACCUCGGUUUUGGCCAAAUUUGCUCAAUGUGUUGGAAAUUUUUCUGACGUAACAGAGCAAAUAAUGUCUAAAAUAUCUCCAGAACAGGUAUCAAGACUCACUUAUUCUCAUGGAAGCUAUCUUUUCCAUUACGUAUAUGAAGAUGAAAUUGUUUAUUUAUGCAUUACUGAUGAUGAAUUUGACAGAUCCAUUGCAUUUUGCUUCUUGAAUGACAUCAAAAGAAGAUUUCAGAAUUGCUAUGGGUCUCGAGCUUUAACAGCAUUACCAUAUGCAAUGAACAGUGAAUUUUCAAGGGUACUGGCAUCCCAAAUGAAACAUUAUUCGGACAACCCUGAUGUUAAUAAAAUAGCAAGAGCUCAAGGAGCAUUAGAUGAGUUAAAAGAAGUCAUGGUACAAAACAUAGAUUCUGUAACUAACAGAGGUGAAAAGCUAGAACUUUUGGUGGACAAAACAAACAAUCUUAAUUCAGCUUCAGUAUCAUUUCGAAAAACAAGUAAAAACUUAGCUCGCUCAAUGUGCCUGAAGAAUGUCAAGAUAACUGUGAUUACUAUAUUUGUUUUGCUGAUUGUCUUGUAUAUAAUUAUAUCAGCUUCAUGUGGCGGAUUAGGCUGGUCAAACUGUGUAUGAAGAUGCUGUUGGCAAAAGUUUAAAAUACCAUUUCUACAAUAAUUAACUUCACAGAAAUAUUGAUGAUGCAGUUUUAAACUUAUCCAUAUAUGUGCUGUAUAUGCUUAUAAAGUGAUAUCUGCUAUUCUUUUCUUUUUAAUCAAAAUUAUUGUUUAUGAAGUUUUUAAAUCUUUUGUUAUGGAACUAAAUAAUCACUUUUCCUGUUUGAUGAACGAUUUUUCAUAAUAAUGUCAUUUGUUGCAAUUUAUAUUCGACACAUAAUGUAGACCAAUGUCUAAUUUCUAAGAUACAGAUGUGGUCUAAAAAUAAACCUUUUAUAAAUUGUCCAUGUCAUGCUGCCUUAGCAUUUACUACCGAACAUAAUUGAUAGGAGUAGGGCACCAUAUAAAAAUUUCUUUCAUAACUUUUAUAGACAAACAGCAUAAAUUAUGAUUAUUAACAUAAUCUAAAAUACUUUUAUUGUUGUGACACAUCUGUAACAGUUUAAAAAAUUACUGUACCACAAUGAGUGAGAACACCUUUAUAUAUAGUACCUAUAGCAAUUGUCACAAUCUGAAUUUUUUUUCUUAUAAAUAUUUGUUCUGUGCCAUGAAUGAAAAAUUUCAUUAUUGUAACUUACAAAAUAUGUUAGUUGAUUUAGAAAAUUUUAUUAAAUUGCUGUACCAUUAUAACUAAGCAUUGACUGUGUAAUACAUAUAAUCUAUGUGCAACUAGUUUAAAAUAACUAAAUUGCUUUACAAAGUUGUUGCUACUUACACAUUUAGUUUGUUGCAUUAAGAAGUUCAUAUUUAAGAAUUAUAUUUUGUAUUUCAAUAAAGUUUUAUAGAAUAAUGUUUCUUCAGUAAUAUUUUGAAGUGUAUGUAAUGUGUGUAUAGUUUAUGUAAUGUAAAUAAUGUUUUAUAUUCAUAUAAAUAAA